GCGCUUGCCCGACGCUAGAAAUGCCUCACCCUGGAUCUUAGUAACCACUCAGUGUGAAAACCUACACCAGAGUAAAGAAACGAGCAGAAUCACACAGAUCUAUAAGGUCUUUGGAUGUAAUCUCUUACCAGAGCAGCUAUAUUCUGAAUUAAAGUUCUUCUGCAGAGGACUAUAAGUCUCAAGGUAAACCUGAGUGAGCUUCAAUCAAGACCGUCUCCAAAAAAGGUUCAAGAUGGUUCGUAGUGGGAAAAAUGGUGACCUUCAUCUUAAACAGAUUGCAUACUAUAAGCGAACAGGGGAAUACCAUCCAACUACACUGUCAAGUGAGAGAAGUGGCAUAAGACGAGCAGCAAAGAAAUUUGUCUUCAAAGAAAAAAAGCUGUUUUAUGUUGGAAAAGACAGAAAACAAAACCGUUUGGUAGUUGUUUCAGAAGAGGAAAAAAAGAAAGUCCUAAGAGAAUGCCACGAAAAUGGCACUGGUGUUCAUCACGGCAUAUCCAGAACUCUCACUCUAGUGGAGUCUAGUUACUAUUGGACCUCUGUGACCAAUGAUGUCAAACAGUGGGUAUAUGCUUGUCAGCAUUGCCAAGUAGCAAAAAAUACAGUUAUCGUAGCACCUCAGCAGCACCUUCCCGUGGUGGGAAGCCCGUGGAGUGUAGUUACUGUUGAUCUGAUGGGACCUUUCCAUACAAGCAACAGAAGUCAUGUGUAUGCUAUAAUCAUGACAGAUUUGUUCACAAAAUGGGUUAUGAUUUUGCCUUUAUGUGAUGUUUCAGCAUCAGAAAUUUCUAAAGCUAUUAUCAAUAUAUUUUUCUUAUACGGACCUCCUCAGAAAAUAGUAAUGGACCAAAGAGAUGAAUUCAUUGAACAGAUCAAUGUAGAACUGUAUAGAUUAUUUGGUACAAAACAUAUUAUAAUUUCUCAUGCUUCUGGAAGUGUUAAUUCAUCUGAAAGUACACCUAGCACUAUCAAAACAUUUCUGUCCAAACACUGUGCUGACCACCCAAACACCUGGGAUGAGCAUCUGCCUGCUCUUUCCUUUGCCUUCAAUGUGACUCAUUCGGAGCCUAGUAAAAACACACCAUAUUUCCAAAUGUUCAAUCGGAAUCCUUGUGUAUUGGAGUGUCCUGAUGAAGUGGGUGGUGAGAAUACAAGUGUGUUUGCUAAAAUUGUAGCUGCAGUUAGAGAGGCUGAUGCAGUACUGGAGAGCAAGACAUCAGCGGACCAGAUGGAGAACAACAAUUUGGAUGAACUAAAUAAAACCAAAAUUGUUAAAAAGAAACCCAAGCAAUUAAAUCCAUUUCAUUUAAAAGUGGGUCAUGAAGUUUUAAGACAGAGGAAAAAUUGGUGGAAAGAUGGCCGUUUCCAGUCUGAAUGGGUCGGUCCUUGUGUCAUAGACUACAUUACAGAAAGUGGAUGUGCUGUCCUGAGAGACAAUACUGGGACCAGACUCAAAAGACCUAUCAAAAUGUCCCACCUCAGGCCUUAUGUGAGAGAGGCCAGCGAACAAGGGUGGUUAACUUCUUCAAGUUAA